AUGGGCCACAUAACUCACCGAACAGAAGCCGAGAAAGAGCGGCAUGAGGCCAUCGUCGUCUGCUUCAAUCUCGAUCCACAUUUGGGCUGGAGUGCUUUUGGCCAUUGCUUCACUCAUGCAUGCCUAAUUCGACACCUGAUGAAAAUCUGUACUUCACGAUUUCCAGGUUGGCUUGGCCACAUACGACUGAAGCUCGAGUCCCGUAGGGACUUCCCCUCGAUCCGUCUGAGGCUUGAGCUCGAGUCCAACUGGAUGCCACCGUUCUCGCCUCAAUCCGUCAGCGCAUCUAGUCGUAGCGUAACUUCUAUUCUCCAUUUUUGUCGUUCAAACCAUUUCCCGUUCUACCGCUUUCAACAGCUUACCCAACUUAACGUCUAA